AUGAUCUCGAGGCUGCUCGUCGCGCACACGAUCUCGCGCGUCGCCGCCAUGGGGGACAUCGUCCCCGCGCCCGUCAAGCUGCGGUUCAAGUUCGCGAGCGAGGACGCGCACGUCGUCGUGCCCGUCCCGCCCCCCGCGACGCCCGCGAACGCGAUCGCCGCGGUGCUCAGCGCGAGGGCGGACGUGACGACGAUGCUGAGAGAAACCUACCCCGGGUUAGCGCUCGAGCUGUGCGAUCCCGCGACGGGAAGGCCGUUCCCCGCGGAGACGCCCGCGUUCGCGGACGACGCGGAAGUCCACGGCGUCCUGACGAAGGCCUACGCCGUCAGAGCGUUCGCGCCCGUGCGUCGGUACGUCGUCGGGCGGUUCGCGGGCGCGAAGCCGCCCAAGUUUAAGAGCGGAAAGGCCGCGCCCGUGGACUGGCAGCUCAGGACGGUGACGUCCGACGUCGAGACCGCGUUCCCGCCGCUCGCGCUCGCGAACGGGGGCAAGCAAAAGAGCGUCUUCACCGGCGCGAGAGAGGCGGGGCAGACGGGGAACUUCUACCUGCUCAUGAUGCAAGCGAACACGUCGGACGUGUGCGCGGUGCCUCUGGAGCGAUGGUACAACUUUCGCGCGGACGCGUCGCGUCGCGUGCUGACGUUGGAGGAGGCGGAGGAUCAGAUCGAGGCCGCGGGGAAACGAGCGACGAACGCGAGCAAGUGGCUCGAGGCACACACCGGCGGCGGCGGCGACGACGACGACGGCCUCAGCGACAGCGGCUCGAGGGACGUGAAAGCCGCGGUGUCGAGCGACGACGACGACGACAACGAUUACGACUCGAAGAGAAAGAGGAAAAAGAAAGCCGCAGCGGGGGACGACGACGACGAGAAAAAAGACGCCGCGAACGCGGAGAACGCGCCGGGCGCGCGAGGUAUCGCGAAAGUCGAGGGCGACGACUGGGAGCACGACGAGGGCGCGAGCGACGACGAGGGCGCCGGGGAGGCGGACGAGCUCGAGAUGGAGGAGCCGCCGCCGCCGCCGCCGCCGAGGCUCGCGCACGACAGCGACGACGACGGCGACGACGAGCUGGACGACGAGGGCAAGGAGAUGCGCAGGCUGCUCGGGAAGCAAGAGGACGGGACGAUCAUGCGCGGGUUAGGGGGCAGCGCGGAGGGCCUCGGGGGAAUGAACGGAGGCCUGAGCGACAGCGACAGCGACUCCGAGUUUGUGGACCCGGACCAGGAGGAGCUGCACCCGUUUCUCUUGCAGCAGCAGAACAAGCUUCAGGCGCGCGCCGCGGAGAUGGCGAAGCAGGAGGCGGAGGCGAUGGCGCGCGCGACCGCCGCUUCUGAAGCGGCGGCGGCGGCGGCGGCCGUGAAGCAAGAGCCGACGGCGGCCGGCGCCGGGAUCAAGCGCGCGAGGUCGGACGACGACGUCGCCGCCAGGCCGGGGAAGGCGGCGAAGACGGAGCGCGAGCCCGCCGCCGUCGCCGCGGCGUAUCCGCCGAUCGAGGCCGCGCUGCGGGAGCUCCUCCGGCGCGGGGCGAAGCCGACGACGAAGGACGUCACGAAGCAGCUGCGGAAGAGAGGGCUGCUCAACACGGACGCGGACAAGAACGAGCUCAAGGCGACGAUAUCGCGCAUCGCGAGGAUUCGCAAGGAGGGCGAAAAGAGCUUCGUCGUGUUGCUGUAG